CGGCGCAACUACGAACAAUUACGUCACUUCCGACCCGGCGUCCUCUGCACGUUCAGCUCGCAUUGGCUCAUGAUCAAUGCGUCGUGCCGUUCUGCGUGGUCGUGCAAGUCUCGUGUUUCCGACGAGAAGAAUUCGUAGCUUUCAAAUUGUCUUUACGAGAUGAUAGACUUUCGCAGUAAUUCGGGAAGGGCCGACGCCGACAAUGGGAGAUACAACAACACCAAUAUACCUGUCACUUCGCAACAAGGUUUAGCCUCACUCAGCCCAUAUUUAAAUUUUGAUCCAUCGUAUCUUCCUGUUACUCAGCCAGAGUUUAUAUUUCCUGAUGGUGCUGUAAAGCAACGGGGCCGUUUUGAGUUAGCCUUCAGUCAAAUCGGAGCUGCAUGCAUAGCGGGCGCAGGAAUCGGUGGCGCGUCGGGUUUGUAUAGAGGUGUUAAGGCAACAUCUAUUGCCGGCGAGACUGGCAAACUCAGAAGAACACAAUUGAUUAAUUAUGUCAUGAAGGGUGGUGCCAGUAUGGCGAAUUCACUGGGUGUGAUGAUGAUAAUGUAUACCUGUGCUGGAAUAGGUCUGACUUGGCUCAGAGGAACCGAUGACAGUAUAAAUACAGUAGCUGCAGCUGCCACGAGUGCUACUGUAUUUAGAUCACCUGCUGGAAUCAGAAAAGCUGGUAUCGCAGGAGCUAUUGCGGCGGGGGUUGCUGUGAUGUACUGCGCUUGGAAUAAUGGAGGCUUGUCGUUGCAUCGUGUAAACAGAUGGAAACAUGCGGCGUAAGAAUUGUUAUAACAAAUUGACGUCUAUACUGUAAAAAAAUCUCUGGUGCGUUUUCAUACCAUCAUGUUACCUUGUACAUAGAAAAACUACUUACGUAUGACACAAAUAAAUUAUUGAAGGGAUGCUAGAACAAAUAAAUAAUUAAAACCAACAGAGUGCGUACUUUCAAAUAAACGGGCUGACGUAACAUGUGCGUAUAUUUACGAUUUAACAUUGUAUAUAUAUGUAUCUAAUAAUAGUAAAUCUUACUUGUAAAUGCAAAUAUAUUAUAAAUACCAAAUAUAUGCACGCUUUUGCGAGA